CGACAAUUUGAAAAUGGGAUUUUCUAUAAGCUGAUGCUGUUUGGGGUAUGGGUGACGCUUACUUUUGAUGUUAGUGAGAUCACUUGGCGUGAUGGCUUCCGACGUCACAACUUUCACUUGAGUGAAGCUGAUUGGUUGGGUUGCUGCCCUGAAACUCAAGCCGAAGGUCUUUGAAACAGAGAGAAAGUGAAACCUUUCAAACAUCGAACCUGGUCAUUCCUUCCCUUUGACAAAUCGCUUCGUAAACUAGAAUCGUUUUUGACACUGGUGAAGUUGCUUUGAAUUCCAUUCACUCUUCAAGUCUCAGCUCUACAUCUCCAAACAUGGAGCUCAAUCAGCAACUGCCAGACCACCCCAAUCAGUUGAUAGGAGACAAUCCUUCAGCGCUGGACCCUUCAACGCAAAAUGAACACAUUCAACAGUUCUUACAGCAACAGCAACAGCAACAGCAACAGCAGCAGCAGCAACAGCAGGCCAGCAUUGACCAGCAGGUAGCGUCAUUUCUCAGUCAAAACGACCAUUCCGGUAAUGUCGCACACACUAAUCCCGAACUUCAGCUUGCGUCUUCCCACUCGUCUCCUGUACAGCAACAAUCUCAGGGUCAAUCGACACUACAAAUGAUAGAUCGUCAACUAGAAGCCGUUGCCAAACAGCAGGGGCAGAAUGAAGCUGUCAUGUCGCAGCUUUUGUUUAUGGGACAAUCGCAUAACAAUCAACUGUUAAUGGCCAAUGAUCAGCAAGGUCAUCACAAUCAAUUACAGCCUUCGCUUCUUGAAGAGGCGAAACGGUCAGAGCAGGAAGCAAUGCUUGCGAAUGAAGCCAAUAUCAAUUCGUCGCAUCAGAUGCAACUUGGCGCGCAUGAUCCCAACAGCAUUAUGCAUCAGCAAAACGAAGUCUUACAACAACAGCAUAACCAAAUACUGGCUGAUCAUUUAUCAUCGCAAUCCACGACACCGCAGAAUGAGCACAAUAUGAUGCAGCAGCAACAGACACAGGCCACACCUCCUUUGCCGCAACAUCCUACGCGUGAUCAACAGACUGGGCAGAUGCAACAACAGACUGCAGACGAUGUCAAUGAACAAACCGUAUUCAAUCCCAUGUUACAGUCGAUGUCAAACUCGGUGCCUCUAAGCGGUGCAGUGAUGCAAGAGUUGGGUGAGCGACAGUUGCAGCAACCCUCUCCUGCAAGCAUGUCACAGCCUCAGAUCCUGUCCAAUCCCAGCUCACACAGCUCAACACCUCAUUUGCACACUCAAGAAGUUGUUGGCUCGCAGCAUCAUACCCCUGAGCAGCAGCAUGAACAAAUUUUACAAGGCAUAAUGGCUUCUGUUAAUCAUACCAUGGCUAGCAAUACGCACGAUGCCAACUUACAGCAGCAACAAGCCCAAGUGGCUGCCAUGCAACACGCAGUCGCACAACACGUUCAAGCGCAGCAAAUGGCCGCCGCUGUCGCCGCUCAACAAGCCACACCUGGUAUGGCUUAUGACGGUGAUAUGAAGCAACAACAGCAAACGUCACCCUCCAUGGACCAAAUGAUGUCUGCAGCGGCUACCGAUUCCCAGAACUACAAUAAUAAUGUAAUGGGUAACGCCAAAGAGGUUCAAGUGCCAGCAAGUCAUGUUGUGCCAUCCCAGCUAGGAACAUCCAUGCCUCAAAACAUGAACUCGGUCGUCUCUGACAAUAUGAUGCAGCAUGUUGAACAACAACAUGCAAACCAACAGUCAUAUAAUACCAUGCGGAAUAAUAUGAUGGAAGCUAACCAGGCAGUACAAAUGCAUAGCGCAUUAAUGCAGCAACAACAAAUGCAGCAAUUGCAGCAGCAUAUCCAAGCUAUGCAUAACUCACAGACACAGCAGCCUCCUCAACAAGAUCCACAUCUCUCACAACCACCUGCUGAACAUGGUACGAAACGACCGUACGAUACCGGUGCAACUGCUCAACAACGGAAAUCCCGUCGACACACCGUGUCGUCACCUUAUCCCUCUCACCUCAAUAUGCUCCAAAAACCAAAUUUGUAUAUUGAUACGGCGAAUCUUCAACCAAGACAUCAGCCGCCAUUCGUUCCUAUCGUUCCUUCUCAGAUGGGCCAGUCACCUACGACGAACCACGGUGCAAGUUUACCGGGGUCUAUAGCCAACAGUCCUCAAGAAGGAAAGUACCCUGGUGGAUUCAAUCACAUUGCACUACCAGCACGACCUACCAGUCUUUCACAAAUGAAUAUCGAAUCACAAUCUACUGCAUCUCUUUCACGGAAUGUUGCACAGGCUGCACAUGUCUCAGUGAAAGAAUUUGAACAUAUGUCAAGAGAACAGCUCAUUGCCAGACUUGUUCAACUUGAGCAGGAGAAGCGCGGUAACAGUCCUGGCUCUAACUCAGCACACUCUGCCACUACUCCCAUCCCAAGUACCUUACAGCAGUCGACUACAGCGGAAACGAUGCAAGAUAACACUCGGUCCGGACCUGCAGAAGCCGCUGCCACAGACACUAGUACGAAUCCAGAUGAAGAUGAUGACGGUCCGAACACCCCAAUUGACAAUCAUACCUCCACCGAUAAAUCCAAAGCCGAGGGCGAGUCCAAGAACGAUGAUGGCGAAGAGGAGGAUGUCGACGACGAAGAGGAUGAGGACGCCGAUGAUGAUGCGCCUAAGGAAGAGCAAAAGAUGCAGUGCCGAUGGACCAAUUGUGGCCUGGUGUGUGAAACGCUGGAGAGUCUCAUCAGCCAUAUUGGCGAAGCACAUGUUGGAAGUGGAAAGGUGAGCUAAUGGAUUCUCCUAUUUCUCUGGUAUGCAACGUUGUUUUGGUGUACUCAUGUUUCCUGUAUUUUCUAGGCAUCCUACAGUUGUAACUGGGAAGGUUGCGCGCGAGCUCAAAAACCAUUCACGAAACGACACAAGAUGUAUAACCACUUGAGAACGCAUACUGGGGAGCGACCCUAUGUGUGUCAUAAAGAAGGUGAGACGGGGU